UCUCUCAUUGUCAGUGGCGUAGUGUUGUUCCUCUUCGCUGAUGGAUUUCUAGGGUUUGGGCCGCGAUGGGAUGCUUUCAAUCGAAGACGAGCAAUGUCCAAUCCCCUGAUGAUGAAUCCCUCGCUGCCGACAAGCUAGAUCCACAAAGCAAUGCGGAGGUUGUGGAUGCUGGUGAUGGUGUUCCGGCGUUCAAGGAGUUUGGUUUGGCGGAGCUGAAGGCGGCGACUAAGGGGUUCAGUAGUGACUUGAUUGUUUCUGAGAGUGGCGAGAAGGCGCCCAAUGUUGUGUAUAAGGGGAAACUUGAUGGCGGGCGCUUUGUGGCUGUUAAGCGCUUUUCCAGGCAGUCCUGGCCUGAUGCGCAGCAGUUUGUGGCGGAGGCGGCUGGGGUUGGGAAGGUGCGGCACCGGAGGUUGGUGAACAUGAUAGGGUGUUGCGCGGAGGGGGAUGAGCGGCUUCUCGUCGCGGAGUAUAUGCCUAAUGACACCCUCUCUAAGCACCUUUUCCACUGGGACAAGCAACCGUUACCAUGGGAAAUGCGAGUGAGGGUUGCAUACUACAUCGCACAGGCCCUUGAUCAUUGUAACUCUGAAAACCGGAGAAUCUAUCAUGAUUUAAAUGCGUAUAGAGUUCUUUUUGAUGAGGAUGGUGAUCCUCGUUUAUCCAGCUUUGGUUUAAUGAAAAAUAGCCGGGAUGGUAAAAGUUAUAGUACAAAUCUUGCAUACACGCCACCUGAAUUUCUGCGAACAGGUCGUGUGAUCCCUGAGAGUGUGAUCUAUAGUUAUGGAACAGUCCUUUUGGAUCUUUUGAGUGGGAAACAUAUCCCUCCCAGCCAUGCCUUGGAUUUAAUAAGGGGCAAAAACAUGCUGUUGGUGAUGGAUUCUUCUUUGGAGGGACAGUAUGCUAAUGAAGAUGCUACUAAAUUGGUUGAACUUGCUUCAAAGUGUUUGCAGUUUGAGGCUAGAGAUCGUCCUAAUUCUAAAUUUCUUCUUUCUGCUGUAGCUCCUCUUCAAACACAGAAAGAGGUGGCAUCACAUGUUCUAAUGGGCCUCUCGAAGACAACAGUGGUAGUGCCAACUCUGCUUUCCCCAUUGGGAAAGGCCUGUGCAAGGAUGGAUCUUACUGCAGUACAUGAUAUAUUGCUUAAAACAGGUUACAAAGAUGAAGAAGGUGCUGAAAAUGAGCUUUCGUUUCAAGAGUGGACACAACAAGUGCAAGAAAUGCUGAAUACUAAAAAAUUUGGUGAUAUUGCAUUCCGUGACAAAGAUUUCAAGGUUGCGAUUGACUACUAUUCAAAGUUGGUGGUGCUGAUGUCAGUUCCUUCUGCUACUGUAUUUGCUCGACGAGGUUUCUCGUACCUGAUGAAUGGUCAACCAGAGCUCGCCCUACGAGAUGCCAUGCAAGCUCAAGUGUGCAUGCCCGAAUGGCCAACAGCAUUCUACCUCCAAGCCCUCGCCCUGUCAAAGCUCGGAAUGGAAACAGAUGCCCAGGAUAUGCUCAACGACGGUGCUGCCUUCGAAGCCAAGAAGCAAAACAGUUGGCGCGGCUAGAUCAUUCAUUCAUGCUGUUUUUCUGGAUUUCCUGAGUCUGCCCAUCUUCUGCUUUCCUUGCUGAUGCUUUGUUGCAGGCAUCCUCUUUUUAUAAAAGCAGAAGCAAGUCUCUUUUUCUCAACAACCAACCAGACUGAAGGCGUGGGAUCACAAAAUACAUUACUCUUUUUGAAGUUGGAUCAAUGCAUAUGUACUGGGCUUUUCGUUGCUGUUGGUUUUGUAACACUUGAAGAGAUCAAGAAGAUAUGUGUACAUCAAGGGAUGAGAAUUAUUGCAUCAUUAUUCCUAAUUAUGUUUAAAUGUAUCUCAUCAUCCCUAGAAUAGUUAAUACCAUGCAUGGCUCUGUGCCCCUGCAAAUUCUCAAUUCAGUAUGUUAUUGUGGCAUUUAAAACACACUACAAUGUCCGCUUCAUCA